CCCCGCACCUCCUUGCAUGAAAUUGCUUUGAACUUCCCUUCAGCGGAGCCAUAGGACAGGAUCCGGGUGCAAGAGAAGCAAGGCGUGCAGAGGAGGAGACCACGGUGCCUGUUUCAAAGAUUGCGUCUCCCCCUUUGGAUUCUAGCAUUUUCUACGCCAACUGAGACGGCCACUCGGAAAACAAAAUGGAGGUGCAAGACCCAGCAGGCCUCACACGAGGGCUGGGAUCGCAAUGGGAAGGAAAAGUCCUCCAUGCAAACAAGGCUGAGAGAGAAUUGUUGCAAAGGAAACCUCACGACCAAGUUAAACAAGAGCGGCAUGAGGGCCUGUUGCAACAUUGGGAAGCCCAAUGGCAGGAGUUCCUGAGGAAAAUGGAGUCUCCCCACUCGGACUGGGGGGCCCCACUGUUGCCAGAUGAGCCCUCGCCCUGGGUGGACACGAAGGCCUUCCUGGCCUCCUUUGAGCAAGUGGCCAAAGCCUGCCGGUGGCCCCGGGAAGAGUGGGCGGCCCAACUCCGGCCGGCCCUCAGCGGGGAAGCCGAGCGGGCCUUCAACAGCUUGGAGGCUGGAGACAGAGAGGAUUAUGGGAAAGUGAAGGCAGCCAUCUUGAGAGGGGACGCCAUGAGCAGGGAAGAGCGGCGCCAACGCUUCAGGCGGUUCUGCUACCAGGAAGCCGAGGGACCCCGAGGGGCCUACGGCCAUCUCCAGGAUCUGUGCCAGGGGUGGCUGAAGGUGGAGAGGCACUCCAAGGAGCAGAUCCUGGAGCUGCUGAUCCUGGAGCAGUUCCUGGCCAUCCUGCCGCCCGAGAUGCAGAGCUGGGUGAGGGGGUGUAGCCCCGAGACCUGUGCCCAGGCGGUGACCCUGGCCGAGGAUAUACUGCAGAAGCAAUGAGAGGCUGAGAGACGAGAGAAGCAGGUACCAUUUGAGGAUGCAGCUGGGAGUUCCUUUGAGGCAAGCCCGGCUCUGUGUGACGCCGAGCAGGUGCCACCAUCCAUGGAGACCAAGCAGGAAGAUGACAAUGGAGAAGAAGCCAGCCUGUCGGGUGGUCAAAGAUGGUUGACUGUAGAUGUGGGGGGAAAUCAUGUGCCGGAAGAUUCAGGAAAAGCACAACCAUGCGGGGCGACGACAGCCAGCCUGGAAGACCGGGGCCACGGGCAAGCCAAUGUUUCUAAGAGUCAGCACAGAGCGGAAUCCCAGCAGGAAACCCGCCCGGAAGAGAGGGCAGGUGGGCCUCUUCCUUCCAGCGAAGGCCACGUGGAUCUCGGAGGACUUGCCGUCCAGCAGAGACCCUCUGUUGGCAAGAGGCAAAACCUGUACGGCGCUUACGGAAAAAGCUUUGCAUGCAGCUCCUCCUCCGUGAAGUACAAUUGGAUGUCCAAGAGAGGGAAGCAACACCGGUGCUUGGACUGCGGGAAGUGUUUCCUCUACAGAUCAGGGCUGGCCGCGCACCGGCGCAUCCACACCGGCGAGAAGCCAUACGUGUGCUCCGAGUGCGGAAAGACCUUCGCCUGCAGCUCGGACUGCAACCGCCACCAGAGGACGCACACGGAGGAGAAGCCGUACGAGUGCCCCCAGUGCGGCAAGAGGUUCCGGCAGCGGUUCAGCCUCAGCAGACACAGGCGGGUCCACGUGGCGGAGGACCCGUGCACACGCUCAGAUCGCGGGGAAAGCGCCGCCGCGUUGGCCUGAAAUGCCUCCUUGCCGCGAUGGAGGAGACCAUUGCAGUAUGCAAGCAAAAUAGGUGGGGGGAAUUGGCUGAGGAUUACCGGGAAAAAGAACAUGAGACCCUUGGGACAUAUGAACCUGUCUGAGUCAGGCCACUGGUCCGUAUAGCUUGGCUAUGCCCACACGGACUGGCAGCCUCUCUCCAGGAUUUCAGGCAAGGAGCAUAUCUCAGCCUUAACCUGGAGACAGAGGUCUGAACCUGGGACCUUCCGUAUGCAAUCAGAUGCUCAAACCACUAAGCUACGGCCUUUGCUUAGGUUUAAAAUAACUUAAUCCAUAGCACUGAUAGGAAACUUGGGAAGUUCCAUUAUAGCAGAGGUUUGUUCCACCUUUUUUGUCGUUGGCUACACUGGUCAGCAAGGCUCUCCAGCGUUUCCGGUGGCAGACAUUCCCAGCUUUGUAGGGAAAUUAUACCUUUUCAUUGCAAAGAAGAUGCUCCAGAUUUCAGACUUGGGACCUGUUCUGGGUGAAACUUUUAAGAGAUCAAUAGGAGAAGGAAUCCCUCCCAUCCCCAAUCCACGAUUCAGGACACCACCCAGGAAAAGCCAACUUAACUAUUUCCAGACCCUGCCCCUUUGACCCGUCCACACUGAGUUGCCGCACUAGCUAGAGACGAUACGGAAGAGAAUACGUUGCAUUUCCUCUAGUUCUUUCCAACACUGUGUGUUGAUCCUGCUGGCUAAGAGAGAAUUCACUCUCCAAGGGUUUUCGGUGGCCAAAACGACCGCCAAAAUGGGGUAUCAUAUUUGCCAGGAUAAUUGCUUUGUUCGCAUUGCUGUUACGGUUCUAGAAAUAAAUAUAAAUAUUUUUAUUAAAAAAAAGAAAUGCAACAAAUGUUUGGCAGAGGGAAAUUGGUGGGAGGGGUAGACUCAGUGAGGACCAAGGUGAAUGCUCAGUUGGCACAAGAGUGAUCCAGGGGGUGGUGUGGAAAGGU